GCGGCCAAUUUCGUGGUUCUGUCGGCUUCUUCCACCACGCAUCUGCCACCUCUUUCCUGUGCACUUCACUGCCUACACAGCCUACGAGGUAAAGCCCAGGUGAGAUGGCUUCUUGAGGUCAACUCUACUGGUUCAGAGAGGUGAGUGUCGGUUCCGUGUUCUUCCCGUUACUUGUCGCUCUCCCGCCGUGCCUCUCCACCUGUCAUGUACCUCCUCUCCUCCCGUUAGAGGCUCCCCCCCCUCUCCCCCAAGCCUACAGGGAUACUUAUUACCUAACACGUCUCCAGGCACAAGCAGCCGUGGCCAGAUCUAUGUGAGGUACCGCAGAGCAGCGAACCUCUAAAUCCCUUCCCAGCGUCACCACCACCGUUACUACUAUUCCUGCCAUCACCAACCCUCGGCCCACGCCGCGGUACGAUACAGCUACCGGCUCAACUCCGUAUGGCUCCAUGUCUAUGGGCGAAUUAAGGACGUAGCGCAUUCCGCCGGGCGCAAUUCCACCUGAAGCCACUUCUCGCUCGCGACAAACCGCCUCAGGGUACGCUCCGCAUAUACGAUCCCCUCCCCUCGCCCCUCUUCACGAUGGAGGCCGCCUCCGCUCGAGCGGCGGCCCGGGAUCGCUGGAACGAGACGAGCUACGCGCGGCCGUCCCAACUUCAGCGGUUCAUCGCUAGCGCCUGCAGCCCCGAAAACUACGAGCCGAACCUCGCCUUGAGUCUCGAAAUCACCGAUCUUAUCAACAGCAAGAAAGGCUCCGCGCCCCGCGAAGCCGCCGUCGCCAUCGUUAAUUAUAUCAACUCCCGCAAUCCCAACGUUAGCCUGCUCGCCCUCAACCUGUUAGAUAUAUGUGUCAAGAACUGCGGGUACCCUUUCCAUCUUCAGAUCAGCACCAAGGAGUUCCUAAACGAGCUCGUCAGGCGCUUUCCCGAGAGGCCUCCUCUUCGCUAUAACAAGGUCCAGUCUAAGGUUCUCGAGGCCAUCGAGGAAUGGAGGAGUACCAUCUGCGAGACAAGCCGGUAUAAGGAAGAUCUAGGCUUCAUCCGGGAUAUGCAUCGGCUGCUGAGUCAUAAAGGAUACCAGUUUCCCGAGGUCCGGCGGGACGAUGCCGCUGUUCUGAAUCCGAGUGAUAAUCUGAAAUCGGCAGAGGAGAUGGAAGAGGAAGAGCGCGAAGCGCAGUCCGCCAAACUUCAAGAGUUGAUCCGGCGAGGUACGCCAGGCGAUCUGCAGGAAGCAAACCGGCUCAUGAAGAUCAUGGCCGGCUACGAUACGAGAUCCAAGACGGACUACCGGGCCAAGGCCGCCGAGGACGUCGGCAAGAUCCAAGCCAAGGCGCGGCUGCUCGAGGAGAGAUUAGCUGCUUUCCACCCGGGAGACAGUAUGAAGGAUGGUGAUGUGUUUGAAGAACUAGCCUCCUCCCUGCAGAGCGCACAGCCCAAGAUUCAGAAGAUGUGCGAGGAGGAAUCCGACGACCACGAGGCCGUGGCGAAGCUGUUAGAAAUCAACGACAGCAUACAUCGCACGGUUGAGCGGUGGAAACUGCUCAAGAAGGGCGACAUAGAAGGGGCCAACAGGAUCGCGCAGGGCGCGCCCCUCCCCCCCUCCUCAGCGACAGCCGGCAAGUCGACGUCGGCCGCCAACGAGCUGUCGCUAAUCGACUUCGAUGCGGAUGCCGCAGCUAACGGCUCCAGUAACAACAACGGCGCGUCGGGCUCGCACCCCGGCGACCUCGAGAACGAUCUGCUCGGCCUUUCCUUGGGGGACAGCAGUAGUAGUUUUGGCCAGGGUGGCGGGAUCUCCCUUGGCUUCGGGGCAAAUCAAAAUGUGCCCGGGCCCGCAUUACUAUCGUCGAUUACCCAAAGCAGCACUGCGAAAGGUGCUAUAUCCGGCCCGAGCCCUCCGGCGUUCUCGCCCUUUUCGGGAUUUAUAUCGCCUUCGGGGGGAUCCCAAUCGAAUACUCCACAGCUGGGUCUGAGCCAGCAAUCGUCCUUCUCCAGGCCGUCGUCGCAAAUGGCGGCCCCCGCUAGCGAUCCGUUCGCGGCCCUCGCCUCUCCCCAGUUCGCAUCCAAACCGGCUACCCCCAAGCCCGCGGCGCCGUCCGCGCCUAACGACGACGACGAAUGGUCUUUUUCUUCGGCACUGCCUCCCGAGCCGUCCUUGCCCAGAGAGCAUAGGGCGAUAGUCAAGGACGGCCCUUUACAGAUCGCCCUCCACGCGGCGAGGUCCUCGACGCCCAGCACCCUCUCGUUAGUAUUCAGCUUCUCCAACGCCACGGCAGCACCUAUAAGCGAGCUCCACUUCCAACUAGCCGUUACCAAGGGCUUCGAAUUGCAACUACAGCCCCAGACGGGGCGAUCGCUGCAGCCGAACCAGAGGGCGGGCGUGACCCAGUCGGUCGAGGUGUUCCACGCCGGGGACCGCGCGCGCCGGGUCGACAACAUCAAGCUGCGGUGGCGCGUCGGGUACACGCUCGGCGCCGAGCCGAAGACCGAGAUGGGCGAGAUACCCGAGUUUGGCGUGGCAUAAGGCUCGAAGGAGAGAGAGUGGGGGUGGGGGAUAGGCGGAGGGUUGGAAAAGAAAAGGGGCGGUAGGUAGGUGUUGUUGUUACGGGCUGCGAUCCGGAGGAGAGGAGAGGAGAGGAGAGGAGAGGAGAGGA